CCUCCGCUGCAGGGCCGCGUGUCUCCGCUCGCCUCCUCUGCCACGCCCGUGCGUGCCCCUGCCCCAUGGAAGAUUCGAUGGACAUGGACAUGAGCCCCCUGAGGCCCCAAAACUACCUUUUCGGUUGUGAGCUAAAGGCAGACAAAGAUUAUCAUUUUAAAGUGGAUAACGAUGAAAAUGAGCACCAGCUGUCUUUGAGAACGGUCAGUUUGGGGGCUGGUGCCAAGGACGAGCUGCACAUUGUUGAAGCGGAAGCCAUGAAUUACGAAGGCAGUCCCAUUAAAGUGACACUGGCAACUUUGACAAUGUCGGUGCAGCCAACGGUUUCCCUCGGGGGCUUUGAGAUCACCCCGCCGGUGGUUCUGCGGUUGAAGUGCGGUUCCGGGCCUGUGCACAUCUCCGGGCAGCACUUGGUUGCCGUGGAGGAAGAUGCAGAGUCAGAAGAUGAAGAGGAUGACGACGUGAAGCUCUUGAGCAUAUCUGGGAAGCAUUCUGCUCCUGGGGGCGGCAGCAAGCACCUGGUAGAGGAACCUCUUUGA